AUGGGGAACAUGGACGGGAAAACCGUGGAGGAGCUGAGCACCACCGAGUGCCACCAGUGGUACAAGAAGUUCAUGACAGAGUGUCCUUCUGGCCAGCUCACCCUCUACGAGUUCAAACAGUUUUUUGGCUUGAAAAACCUGAGUCCAGCAGCGAACAAAUACGUUGAGCAAAUGUUUGAGACGUUUGACUUUAAUAAGGAUGGCUACAUAGAUUUUAUGGAGUAUGUGGCAGCUCUGAGCCUGGUGCUGAAGGGGAAGGUGGACCAGAAGCUCAGGUGGUAUUUCAAGCUCUACGACGUGGAUGGCAACGGCUGCAUCGACCGGGCUGAGCUGCUGAACAUCAUCAAAGCCAUUCGAUCCAUCAACCGCUGCAACGAGAAGAUGACAGCAGAGGAGUUCACAGACAUGGUGUUCAACAAAAUCGACAUCAAUGGAGAUGGUGAGCUGUCCCUGGAGGAGUUCAUGGAGGGCGUGCAGAAGGACGAGAUGCUGCUGGACAUCCUGACGCGCAGCCUGGACCUGACCCACAUCGUGAGGCUGAUCCAGAACGAUGGCAAGAACCCUCACGAGGGUGGGCAGGAUGCCCAGGCUGCCCAGUAG